AUGUAUAAUGAGAUAGAGGGAAACUACGACGAUGUCACCAUUAGUACAUUCAAGAGGGGCCUGCCGACGGAGCAUGGCUUAAGGAAAUCCCUAACUGGGAAACCGGUCACUAGCGUGCGCCAACUCAUGGACAGAAUUGACAAGUACAAAAGGGUCGAGGAAGACCAGCAGAUGGGGAAGGAACAAUCAAACAUCGAAACCAGGCAAAGCGCAUUGAGGCCCCCCAUUGGCACAAUAAAUGUCAUUCUCGUUGCACCCGGAAGGACCGAAUCCAAUCCUCUCAGAGUAAUGUCAGUGGGCAGGCUCCCAUCUGAAGCCGAUGACAGGGAAUCUAAAAGGGCCAGACCGAGUCCCACGCCCUUGAUCGGAUUCUCGGAUAAGGACAAACUGGGAACCCUUCAACCCCACGACGACGCCCUAGUCGUUAUGCUCAAAAUUGGGGGUUAUGACGUCAAGAGGGUGCUAGUUGACCAAGGCAGCGCCGUGGAAGUAAUGUAUCCCGACUUGUAUAAAGGACUGAACCUGAAGCUAGAGGACCUGUCGGCAUAUGACUCCCCUUUGGUCAGUUUUGAAGGAAAGAUAGUCACCCCGAAAGGCAUGAUCAGGCUGCUUGUGCAAACAGACUCAGACGUGGUGGAAGUGAACUUCAUUGUUGUAAAUGUGUACUCCCCCUACACAGCUAUCGUGGCCCGACCAUGGCAUCAUGCAUUAGGGGCUGUGCCAUCAACCCUACACCAAAAAGUGAAGUAUCCGUCAGGAGGUCAAGUCAAAGAAAUAAUAGGGAACCAAGCGAUGGUCAGGUAA